UUGUAGUCUGGAGUUUUAUACUAACUUGUACUACCAAGUGCUGCAUGCCACCCUGGUUUAUUUUGCCUCAAAAAGCUGUUUGCUUUAAUAUUCCUUUCAUCCAAAAAUAGACGUAGUAUAGUUAUGUCGAAGAAUUACAUAAAUGCGCUUUUGAAGCCUUUUCGUGAGAGUAAAGUGUUAGAAGGUUUGCUGAAAUGGUUCGAGCCAGCUGCCAGCGAUAGAACUAAAGCAGUCAGAGGCGAGAAAGACGAGGUGCCGUCAGGGCGAGCUGGUGCGGCACAGUACAGCACAGGCGUUCGAAAAGUUACCUUAAUUCCCGGCCAUGGAAUCGGCCCGGAGAUUACGGUGGCUGUGCAAAAAAUCUUUGAAGCAGCCAAAGUGCCUAUUGAAUGGGAUGAAGUCGAUGUCACAGCUGUUCGGGGACCAGAUGGUAAAUUCGGUAUCCCACAAAAGGCUAUUGACUCAGUGAAUGCUAACAAAAUUGGCCUGAAAGGUCCAUUAAUGACUCCAGUCGGUAAAGGCUACAGAUCCCUCAAUCUGGCUCUCAGGAAAGAGUUUGAUCUUUAUGCUAAUGUCAGGCCCUGCAAGAGCUUAGACGGAAUCAAAACCUUAUACGACAAUGUAGACGUAGUGACUAUCAGAGAGAACACGGAAGGUGAAUAUUCUGGUAUUGAGCACGAGAUCGUAGAUGGAGUGGUUCAGUCUAUCAAGCUGAUCACUGAGGAGGCUAGCAAGAGAGUGGCUGAGUUCGCGUUCCAGUUCGCACGUGACAACAAGAGGAAGAAGGUCACCGCUGUCCACAAGGCUAAUAUUAUGCGUAUGUCCGACGGUCUUUUCCUGCGGUGCUGUCGCGACCUCGCCACCAAGUACCCCGACAUCACUUUCGAGGAGCGAUACCUCGACACAGUAUGUCUCAACAUGGUGCAGGAUCCCUCCAAGUUUGACGUAUUGGUUAUGCCGAACUUGUACGGUGACAUCAUGUCCGACAUGUGUUCCGGUCUGGUCGGAGGACUCGGUCUGACGCCGUCUGGCAACAUCGGCAAGAACGGUGCCCUGUUCGAAUCUGUGCACGGAACUGCUCCAGGAAUCGCCGGACAGGACAAGGCGAAUCCCACGGCGUUACUCCUCUCAGCCGUAAUGAUGCUACGGCAUCUUCAGAUGCACGAUUACGCGAACAAAAUAGAAGGUUCCUGCUUCAAGGUGUUAAGGGAAGGCAACGUGCUAACUGAGGAUUUAGGAGGAAACAGCUCUUGCAGUGCUUACACCAAUGAGAUUAUAAACAAUUUAGAGUAAGCGUUCACGUUUUGAUCACUGUUAUUGCCAAUUUAAAAAGUUUAUAACCAUGGCCUUUUGAAGUCUGAUGUAGGGUAUUAGCAUCAAUUUAUAUGCUUCUUGUAGACAUGUUUUGUCUUUCGAUAAUUUAAAUUAUGACGCUUUUUAUUCAUUCAAAUCGUGUUAAAGUUAAAAAAUCAUUAAAGUUUACAUAGAAACUAAUAAUAUAUCUCUACACAUACAUAAAAUAUUAUUCACUUAUAUAACAAAGGUCUAUUACAGUGAUCGAGACACUAUUACAUACUAGUAUGAUAUAGAUCAAUAUUUUUUCAAUAUUUAGUAAAAAAUAUUACAGAAAGGAAAGAAAAUGCUACCUAAUCUAGCACACUAUGGAUUUAAAUUUGAACACGGGGAACUACCCUGAAAUUAUGUGCAAAAUUUUGCGGCUGGUUCGCAAAAAGAUGACUGACCAUAGAGAUGUUAAAUAUAGUAGAACAUUCAAAGUUUAUAAUAAUAAAAAGUUGAUUCUAAAAUUACAGUAUUGUGCUAUUCUGAGUAUACAUCAUGUUUGACAACAAUGUCAACAACCACAAGGUUAUGCUGUUUUAGUCAAUUGUGUAUCCCGUAUAACUUGAAUAUGGCAAAAAAGUAUUGAAAUCCUUUAAUCAAUUUUGCAAAAUGGUGUCUAUUAUAUAACAUCUCUAUGUGAAUCACUUAGUUUUACUUUUAAUUUAUUUGAAAUCGCAGAUGCGAUAGAACGGUAUUACUGCCAAAGAAGUAUUAAGCAAAAUAUCAAUGCAUUUUUAGGACAUAGAUCUGCAAAUAGGUAAAUGUUUAAGUGCAAAGUUACAGUCGUCAAAAGUGUAAAAUCUCCGAAUCAUGUUUUUUAAAUGCAGACUUAAUGUUGAUAAUAACUUUAAAAAAUUAAAAGAUUUACGAAUACGCUAGACUAAAUUCACUUAUCAAGUUUGUCACGAUAAUAACACUUAAGAGGUCCAUGGUGUAGUAUCUCAGCUUAUAAGAUGGUAUUCUCGGAAGAAAGCAAGACAAAAAUUUAAAAAGACGAGUAUGCAAAACAAUGUUAACAAAGAUGUUUUCAUUCCAUACACAUACAUACGUAUUAAACAACAAUGAGAAAUAUGACUCAAGACUAAAUACAUUAUUGAAGAUUGUAACAACAGGGCAUACCAAUAAAAGUAUGUAUACAGGGUGACUUUUAAUUAAACUGCAUAAAUUUAACUUAUAAGUGUACUCAUCUUAAGGAGAUUUAAAAACGUUAAAAGAAAAAUAUCGGUUCAUAUUUCAGAAAGUACGAAAAAAAAUAAACGUAUCAAAAUCCACGAUCCUAAAUACGUAAUAAUAUCACCCCGGCCGGCGGAAAAGCGACGCGUAAUAUUCAGCGAUCUCGAAAACUCUGUACUUUACUUGAUCUUGAUACUAGAAAAAUAAUUUAUUUUUCAGACAUUUAUUUACAUGUUUAGUUUUAAUUUCUUUUUGUAGUAUUGGUUUUUAAUAAAGCGUGUAACGUAGUUUUUGAGGGGUUUUUAAAUGUGAAAAUGAUGACGUUUAAUUUAAAUAAAAAUAGGCUCAAACGGCUCAGAAGCAUGGGUAUAGUCUAUGUUUAAAAGGAUGCAGUUGUUUUAAAUGUCACCCUGUAUACUAGGUGCAUGUCACACUGAACAGAAGUAUGGAUAAGACGGGCUCACGACUUCUAAAAAAAUACAUAAUUGACGAGUCACGUGGUUGUGACGUAACUGCGGCCUUCUAUAUGCUUUGCAUCAUGUUUUUUUUUAAAUAUUAUUAAUGAAACGGUCGCGUAGGAUAAGGACAGUUACUUUUGCACGCCGACCUUGUUUACGUCUACUCAGUGUGUCCGGUGCUUAAGGGAAGUGGUGUAUUUAGAAUUUAUUUGCAUGAUACCGAUAAUUUAGCUCGUGAAUAACCUGUCGUCGUGAUACAUUGGCUGUUUUGUGUGCGUUUUUAUUUAAGUAUAGUACAUACAAAUAAUGGCAACAUAAGAAAUAAGUAAGAUCUCCAAGAAUGUACCCUAGGUUAAUUAUAUUUGUAAUCGGUACGAUGAUACAUACUGAUGCGAGUCUUAAAUAAUGCAAGUUUAUGUGGCCAUCACACAUAGAUAUUAUGUACAUCCAUCUCAGUUUGGUCCAAAAGUUCGACUGGCAAAAAAUGCCUUUUGACAUUAAGUCCACCUGUUGUACAUGUUACGUGCAUUAAGUUUAAAUAAAUAAAUAUUAUUCUUUCAUGUUUCGAAACAAAAGUGUAAUUGCAGAUUUCUUUAUAUUCUUUGACAAACGCCAAUCUUUUAAAUCCUCCCUAAAUAAUUGCAGGGUCAGGAAAGUCUUAAAUUAUUUUUAGGUUAUUAAUUUAAUAAAAUGUUUUCAAAGGAGAACGCCUUAAUCUGAGGACUGUUUAUAGUUCAGUUCUAGGCGAGGUAAAAAAUGGCCUUUGUGGCUGAAGGUUUGUGCUGUAACACAUGGCAAAUUUAAUGAAAUUUUUAUUGAUCUUUAAUGAAUUUAACAAAUUUGGAAUAAUUCCAAAUAAAUUUUGCAUUUUUAUGCGUUUAACUAAUAUACUAAGUUUAAUUGUUGUCACGCCAUCCUUGUGCCAGGAAAUAAGAAUUAUUUUUUUCAAUUGUAUUGUGAAAUUUACCUCUUUUCAAUUUUUUAACAGCACUCAGUAUGCCGAAUAGAGUGGAAAAAUAUAUUAAGUAAUUUUAAAUCAUUGAGGUGACAAUAUCACACGGCAAAAUAAAAUGUCCACCUUAGAAUAGGUCUAGAAACUAGCAUUUAUCUAUUUUUCCUAAAAUUUUCGGCCACGCCGUGGUACAAACAAAUUUAUGAUUAAAUCUUUAUUUUUUAAUAACAUGCUUAAUUUAAGACUUAAUUUAUUUGCUAUAGUUAAUGAAAUCAUUCCAUUUUCCUCUUUUUGGGGACACUAAUUUGUUUUUAAUUUGCGUGAUAUUUUGAUUACCUAGUUCCUUUAUUUUGUGAUUAUGUAGCGAUUUAGUUAGGGUGACGCUGCGAUGGCAGGGUAAAUUCAACGUUAUUCGUUACUAUAAGUUCGCCACUAUUUAUUUCAUAUAGCUUUCAGAUGUAAUCUGACAAUAAAACUUAAAAAUUUUCAUUUAAAAUAUCGACGAGUACAUGAAUUUCUGUAAGAAUACAACUUUUGUAGAUGUGUUAUUUAUUUAGUUUAUGUAA